AUGACUACAAAAGGUCGCAACCGUUUACGUCCAACAGGACAUUCGACUGUUCAACAGUCUCAAUAUGCGAAUAUACCACCAUCUAAUAAUUCGACAGGAAUUCAGAUUAGAUUCGGCAAAAAUCAAUCAUCGUCAAUAGUGAAGCCACAAUCAAUAUUGAAAAAGCAACGACAGAAUAAGCCAUACGAUGAUCAUUUUAAUGAAAAUGUCACUGACUGGCAGCCACCUAGUGAUCUUGAAUUUCUUUCAAUGAAACAAACGUAUAGUCCCAUUGGCACACCACCUCGCUUACGAACACUGAUAACUCCGCCUGGCCUUGAACCCUAUAAAAAUACUUACAAUCUACGUAGACUAAAUAGCCCACUGCCAAUAGUAGACGAUUGGUAUGGUCCUCCGGCAGGACUUGACACAUGGGGAAUCGAUCCUACUGAUUAUCGUUUAAAUCAAAAUCUACAUUUAAUUCGACGCUAUCCAUCACCGUUAACUCAUUUUGGUCUUGGAAACAAUUCUCAAAAACAGAAAAAAUCAUACAUAGUAGUACCUCGUCUAUCCAGUUUCAACACUCCACCUAUUAGUAGAGAUGGCGCUGGUGGUACUUUUACGAUGCCACCUGUUCAAGAUACACCAUCUUAUAUUCCUGAUUCUCAAUAUUCAUAUCUUGAACGAGUUCGUUCGCAUCCAUCAACAAAAUAUCAACAUGAGUCUUCUGAUUACAUUUAUAUUCGUCGUAAUGAUGCACUGGCAAAUCGUUUUAUAGAAGAUUUUAUUAGUAAAUGUAUUCAAGACCAGUUUAUACCAGAUAUUCUGCUUGAAAUAAUUAGUGAACUUGAUCGAGAAAAUAAAAAUAAAACUGACAAAUCGGUUAAACCCUCAACUGAUCAAUAUUAUACACAAAUAAAUAAUCUCGCCACUCAAAAAGAAAUUGGCCAUUCCCAUUUAUUUUCUGACGCAUGGAUACGUGAGCUUGAUUAUCAACGUCCACACAUUCCUUCAUCAAAUAUUGAUUCAAAUUUAUCUUUACUUAAACCAUUAGAUUUCAGAGAAAUUCCAUAUACACGAAUUCAACCACAAAUAAGAUAUCAUGAUUUACAUCAGGAUGAGCAAGGCCGAGUAUUGAGAGAUAUUAGUCAAGAGUUAAUUAAUCAGGAAGUCGAAGAUAUGGUUACGGAAAUAACCGGCCAAACUGUAAUUAAUAAAUUACAUAAUGUUCCUGCUAUAAAUGAUGCUACGAAUGAUAUUUAUCGUGAUAUUGAAUCUGAAGUUGUAAGAGAAAUAAUGCGCGAUGCAGCCUAUGAUAUUCACAAUUCCCAAAGAAAUCAAGUUAGUCAAGUACAAUUUAAUGCGAUAGAAAAACAAGCACAAAAUAAAUUAUUAGAUACAAUAUUCCUCGAUCAACUAAUCGGAAAAUAUAUUAAACAGAAUGGUUCCGUUGUUGAUGUUGAUGAUCUUUCACGUUUCUUAGAUGCAACUAUUCUUGAUAAUUUGAUUUAUCAAUAUGAAGAUAUACAAGAUAAUCGUUCGAGAACAAUAGAUAAUUAUGCUUUAAGGAAAUUCCAUUUAAAUUCAUUUAUGAAUAUGACAAUGGAUUUACUAUUAACCGAACUUAGUGCUAGUCUUAUUGAAGAUAUGAAAGAUUUGGAUGAACAAGAACGCAGAAUAUUUUAA